AUGAGGGCAAAUAGCUCGAACCGCGUCUGCAACUCGCUGGCGCUGCUGCAGAUAGUGGCUGCAGACCGCGAGACCCGCCCGCUGUUCCUGAAGGCGCACAUACCCCUACUGCUGUACCCGUUCCUCAACACGGUGAGCCAGGACCGGCCCUUCGAGUACCUGCGGCUGACCUCCCUCGGCGUCAUCGGAGCUCUGGUCAAGGUUGACGACGCUGAGGUCAUCAAUUUCCUCUUGCAAACCGAGAUCAUCCCGCUCUGUCUGCGCAUCAUGGAGACUGGCCGGGAGCUGUCCAAGACUGUGGCGACGUUCAUUGUGCAGAAGCUGGUUCAGGAUGAGAUGGGCCUGGCGUACAUCUGCCAGACGGCGGACCGCUUCUACGCGGUGUCCUCGGUGCUCGCCAAGAUGGUGGCCACGCUGCAGCAGAACCCGCAACCCUCGAUCCGCUUGCUGAGGCAUGUCAUCAGGUGCUACCUCCGCCUGGCGGACAAUGCCCGCGCCCGCGAGGCGCUGCGCCAGUGCCUGCCCGAGUGCCUGCAAGCGGCGGCGGACCCGCAGAUGCAUCCGGAGCCCGUGGCCGCCUGCCUGGGCGAGGAGACGCGACAGCGCAUCGCCACCUCUUGCAGUUGUUGCAGGCCCUCAGCCUCAGGUGAGGCAGCAGCCACCACCUGCGGGCGUGCCCUACGAGCUCGUGAGGCUGGCUUCGGUUUUCUCGUUGAUCUGCGGUGA